GAAACCUUAAUUAUUCUGCUUCUUUCAUAUGUAUUGCACCAGCAAGAGGACAUCAAGAUCAUGAACAGCACUACUACUUAUCAUCGACAAGAUUCUUCAUGUGAUAACAAGAAGCUUGAUGCUGAUGAUGGUCAACCGCUUCCGGGGUUUCGAUUUCAUCCCACAGAUGAAGAGCUCCUAGCGUUUUAUCUCCGACGAAAGGUCGAGAAGAAACCUCUCCGGAUUGAACUCAUCAAACAGAUUGACAUCUACAAAUAUGAUCCAUGGGAUCUUCCAAUAUGGACUAUUUGCCGAAUUUUCAAAAGAAGUUCUUCACAAAGGAAGUUAUAUUCACUUGAUCAAUCGAGAGAAAAUUCCAAAAGAAAUUCGAGUGAACAUCAUCAAACAAGCUAUAAAGCUUGCAGCAUGGAGUCAGAUAACAGAGGAAGUUACAUAAGUUUUGGGGCUCCUGCAGCCAUAGAUUACCAUCACUUUGAUGAUCAGAAGCCAGUUGUGAAUUAUGAUAAUAACAUCAAUGGAAGAAGCCUGCAGUGGAAUGGGGAGCAGUGCAUGAGUAGUGAUCAUCAACCUCUAUUGACGACCAUGGCAUCUACUUCUUCAAGCCUUGCAGAUCUAGAGGGUAAUUUCAACUAUGAUCACUUGUUCACUUAUGGGGAUUUGGAUGAACUCAGAUCAGUGGUAGAGUUUGCUCUCGAUCCGACUUUUAUGUAAAUGCUUAAGGUUGCUCGGUUUAGUUACUAAACAAUAGCUGAUAGCUAAUAGUAUGAUAUUGAACAGUAUUUUUUUUAUACUGAUACUGGACAGUUAAUAACUAUUAUUAUCUAUA